AUGGGGGCGGGGUAUCUCUGUGGAUGGAUGCAACUGCACAAAGCCACGUUUUCCCCAGGAAAGCCCUGGAGAGCAGGAAGAACUAAGGUCAGCAUUUGGCUGAUUCUCAAGUUCCCAAGGAGCAUUGCUUCAGGCAACCUUGACUCCCCACAAGCUGCCUUGGACUUUUACGGGAUGUCCCACCAUCAAAGCCUCACGGAGGCCACGGGCAGCCCUCCACUCUUAGUGGCCUCCAUCAGUCACCAAAUGGUGGCUCUGCAGACCCUGCAGCUAUUGUAGCAGGAGUGGGGGUGGGAGGUCGGUCUGGGGGUGCCCGGGAGCGCUCAAGAUCCUGAUCACUUGAAAGCUGCCAGGGCAAAUCACUCAGGCCCUUGGUGGACCCAGCCAAGAGCAGUGAGUGGAGGGGAUCAAGGGAUGAGGGGUUAGGGUUGGAGGAGUCGCAAGGUGGAGGUGGUCCAUGGCACUGCGGGGGCUGCGAAACUACUACCCAUCCCCUGGGGCCCGCGGCCUUGCACCCUGGCUUAGAGGACCAUACGCAGCGCGCUGGCUUCUUCAAUGGACUUGACUUCCGAGCUGGUCAGCGACUUUUACUUCCGAGCUGGACACUGCUGGGCCCCCUGCAGCAUGAGUGGUCCUUCCAGUUAUUUUUCAUCAGUGCUUAUAAGUGUAAUACAUUAUUUUUGGUACUGCCAAGAAAUGAGACUCCUUCAAUUCAACUUUGACACAAUAUUGACUUCAUCCACUGACAAACAUUUAGAGUUAUUUCAUAUUGUGGAUACUGUGAAUAAUGCUGCAAUGAACAUAGAAAUUUCGAAGGGACACAAUUCAGUACUUAUUGUUGGAAACAUCUGCAGUCAUUCGGCUCUACAAAUCGAAGGACAGCAGUUUGACAGAGAUUUGAAUGCUGCCCAUCAGUGUUUGAAGACAACAGUCAAGAAGCUCAUUCAGUCACUCGAUAAUCUUCCUUCAAAUGUUAAUGUGGUAGCCUGUGCUUCCUUGAGACAGAUCCUACAGAAUCUCUCAGAUGUGUGA